GGAAAGAUGUCGACAGUCGGAGAGCUUGCUUGCAGCUACGCUGUUAUGAUCCUCGAGGACGAGGGUAUUGCUAUCACGGCCGACAAAAUCGCUACUUUGGUCAAGGCUGCUGGUGUUAGUAUUGAGUCGUACUGGCCAAUGCUAUUCGCCAAGAUGGCUGAGAAACGUAACGUCACGGACCUCAUCAUGAACGUUGGUGCUGGUGGCGGUGGAGGUGCACCCGUCGCCGCUGCUGCUCCUGCUGCUGGUGGUGGUGCCGCAGCCGCUGCUCCUGCUGCCGAGGAGAAGAAGAAGGAUGAACCAGCAGAAGAGAGUGAUGGAGAUUUGGGAUUCGGCUUUAUCUGCUGUAUAACUCAAGUUCCGAGCAAAUCCAUCGACUUUGGCUUAUAUUAG